AUGGCUCUCUCUCACGAGGAGGUGGAGCAGGAGGAGGAGGAGGAGGAGGAAGACGAUGAUCUUGAGGACGGCCCCCUAAGCCCCGAGGAUGUGCUGCGAUUUGUCGAGAGUGUUGGUUCCGUGGAACUUGCCAAGAGGAAAUUGUUGAUGAAAGACACUAUGGGGGUUCCGCCCGAACCCUAUGACUGGCCCAACAUCUGCCCGCUCCCCGGGUCGUCCAGAGAUCGGAGGUCUGCGUGUGAUCUUUACUGGCACCAGGCCUACCAGAUGAAUCAAGUCUCCGAGACUUGCCUGCCUCCUAUGCGGUAUACUCGCUGUUGCAAUGAAGCUUCAACUGGGCAGCAAAGGUGUUUUCACAAGCCGCGCCCUAUACUCCAACUCUUUUCUACCACGGUGCAUACCUUUCUGGAAGAUUGCACCAGACCAGUCGAGGUAUACGGUUAUAUUGCGGUCCGAGAUGACGAGGAUUAUCGCCGCAAUUAUCUUUUCAACCGAUCCCGAGAUGACCCGCUCACUAUCAACUCGGCCGGCGACUAUCUGCGCUUGUUGAGCCCCAAAAGAGGCAUCUCGAUGAAAUUCGAUUGCCUAGUUGAAGUGGAUAUUAGAACAAAGGCAUUGUCGGGUGAUAGUACAGAUGAUAAAAAUCUUGUUGAUGGAUGCUUCGACCUAAUCGAGGGCCGGUCUAGUUUCGACGUCCUUUCUAGAAUCAAAAUGGAAGGUGAACAUGGUGCUCUUGUUUUUAAUCUUAUCAUAUUUCGAGACAGUGUCGAGGCGACCAUACAUAUGAACUUUUUGGAAGUGCCUGGAGAUGGGUUUGAUAUAAAGAUGUGUGGGUAUACUGCCAUCUGGAAGAACUUGUAUGCCUUCAUAGACGAUAAAGAAUGCGACUGCAAUAGCUUCGUGUCUUCAACUGGGAGUUUUUCACAAUAUUUUGUAGCAGCUGUGCAGAUGGAUGACACAUUGUUUAUUGAUUUUAUGGAGGGGAGUAUGCCAAUUUCAUUUAAAGCGGAUAUUCAUGGCAGCGAAGAAAAAGAAUAUUAUUUCUGUAAUAGUGCUGUGGUGUCUGUGAAAGUGUCUUGGUCGACAGUCCUCUACUAA